CAUCUGUUUAAGAAGGCAUUUAAAUAAAAUAAAAAAUAUCAGACCAAGUAGCCAUGGAUGGUGGAGAAGUUGAAGCAGUCAUUGUUCCAUGCCCAUACGUCAACUUUGGUUGCACAGAGAAGUUCACUUAUGGCGAAGAAUUAGUCCAUGAGAGGAAAUGCAGGUUCGCUGUGUGCCGCUGUCCUGCACCAUACUGUCGCUACAGCGGUGUGUACAAGGAUCUCUAUAGUCACUUCUCUGCUAACCACAACGACGAGGACUACUAUGCUAAAUUCGUGUGUGGCAGUUUCACUGGCGCACGGCUGUCCAUUAAUGAGAAGAUUUUAUUCCUUCAGGAAUCUGCAGAUGGUCCCUUGGUUGCGGUUCAGUGUUUCGCGGUGGAAGAAGGGUUUUACGUGACAGUGAACUGUAUAGCACCUUCUUCUCCAGGAGUUGGGGAAUUCUCCUAUCAUCUCUCGUACACGACACCGGUGGGAGGUCGCAAACGCACUAUGACGUUUAAACAAUCCGAGAUGAAUAGAAUUCAGAGAUUUAGCUCCGAAACUCCUGAAAAGGAUUUCAUGUUCGUCCCUUACGAUUUCGUUGGUGACACAGAUUCAAUGAAGAUGGAAAUUUGCAUCAACCGGAGAUGAAAGAGGAAUCUCUCAAUAAGAUGAAGAAGAGUAAGAGGAGUGAUAUUUUCUUUAUCAUAUAUAUCCUUUGUUUUGUUAUUUAAUUAUAUCAAUGGCCUACCUUUAUAUGUAAUUCUCAUCUUUUUGUUAGCUACUUUUUAUCCACUAUGCACUCUAAACUCUACUCUUAUGUUUUUCCUUUUUAUGUAAUCUCGGAUUUAGAUUCAUCUGCAUAAAUUAUGGAUUUUCUUAUAAUUUUA